AUGACUCCCGAGAUUAAACACGUAGAACUGAUAGACGAUAAAUCUGAACUUCCUUCCGAGAUCUCUCCCAGCUUACCUAAGCCCGAAAUCUCUCCCGACUCAUCUGUAAACAAUAAACUAAAAAACAGUGACGAAGUAUCUCCCCAGCAGAUAUCAUACCCACGUGGAUAUCAAACCAGGGAGCAACGAGAGACACGUCUCCGUCAAAAAGCUAUCGAACUUGGUGAGGAUCCAGAUAAGUUUGUGACCAUUACUGAAAAAGAUAAGCUCGAUUCCAUAGCAUUCCGUGAUAGAAUGCAGACUGAUGCGAGAAU